AAAAGGAGCUGUACGUCGGCCUCGUCACUACGGUUGUGGUGACCCCGGUCGCCAUGGCGCCGCUUCUGCUGUUCAGGAAAGAGAUCCCUGGUUCCAUCACAGCUCCCGGAGUGCGACGUAGUAACUCUGGAAAGCGGCUGUCCCGCUGGCCGAAGUACGUGGCAUGGAUGAUAGUAGUGGUGUCGUCCGUCGUCUCGUCGUUCUUUGUGAUCAUGUACAGCCUGGACUGGGGUAGAGAGAAGAGCGAAGCGUGGCUAAAGGCCUUCUUCCUCUCGUUUUGUUUGUCAAGUGUCGUCGCGGAGACUGGCCAGCUAUUAAUCCUGGCACUACUGGCUGCCUGGAUCUGUAACCCGACGCCUUCAAGCAAGCAGAGGAAGUACGAGAUCAAGACAGAUAAGCUGCAUCUGCACCUUUUGGAUCGUAAAGCUUCAGAAAAGGUUCACCCGCCUGGAGUGGCCUCCGUGCUGAGGAUGAAAAGAAAGAACAAUCAGCGGCGAAGGUUUUUCUUCGUUCUGCAGGAGUACAUCCUCCUCUUCCUGUUCGUUGCUGUUCUGUUUUUCAUCAGUCAACAGGAUAAAGAUCCAUUUGCUUUCCAUGCAUCUCGGACCUUGUCCACAACACUGACAGAAGAUUUCGAUUCGCGUAACAACUGGAUCGACCAAUAUACAAAGUGGUUGGUUCUGGAAAUGUCCUUCUACUAUCCAUCCCGCAAGCUAUUCAGCAGCCUACGGAUGGUCGUGCAGAGGAAUAAUGUCGGCCAUCUCUCUACAUCUGCAGUCGUUGGGACACACAGGGUCUUUCAGUAUGAAAACACUUCUGAUUACGGCGUGAUGAUUGCCCACAUCCUCUUCAUCUUUUUCUUUCUUGCUACCUUCAUCAUGGAAGUGGUGAAUAUCGAAGGGGAAGGGAUGAGGUUUUUCCUUUCCGUCUGGAAUCUGAUAUCUUUUGUGAGCAUUGUUGGAUCUGCAGUUGUCAUCUGUGCCUUUGGAAUAAGGUACCACUUUGCAUCUGAAGCACUGAAGAUGAUAGUGGAGGUAACAGGUGAACUUGGAAUAGACCAUUUUGUUGAUUUUGAGUCUACUUUCUGGUGGGAUGAAGCGUUCAAAAUCGUACUGGCCAUUUUAGUCUUCGUGAACACACUGAAGAUGCUUCGCGUGGUCCGCUUUAACAAGACCAUUGCCAAGUUCCUCGCUCUGCCGGGUGCCAUGAAGAAUGACCUGAUCGGCUUCUCGGUAACAAGCGCCAUAGUCUUCAUGGCCUUCAUCUCUUCGGGUAUGGUGGUGUUUGGGACACAUAUGAAGGCAUUCAGCAACGUGUUGCACACAAACUAUGCCCUGUUUGAUAUGUUGCUUGGCAGGUUUGUUGCUGAAGAAAUCUUGGAGGCGAACCGAUAUGUUGGCCCAGUCUACUUCACGUUGUUCAUGAUUUGCAUCUUCAUAAUCCUCGUGAAUUUCCUGGUAACCAUCAUCUGUGAUGCUAUAGCCUCUGAUGCAUCCAUUGAGAAUGAUUAUGACCAGGAACUGGUGGAUUACAUCUGGAAAACUUUCCAGCAGAUAUUCGGCAUUCACUCGCCUCCGACACAAGAUGUUAAAGCAGGCGAAGAGAUCCUUUCCGAUCUGGAUUCAAACUUGCGUAUGAUAGAAGAGUCCUUAGAUGACACCUUGGACGUUGCAUGCAGUAUUUGCCCAGAUGCAGAAGAUACAAGCGAUGGCACAUCUUUCAACCGAAAAGAUCAGAGAGUCGCUUUAAGUCUUCUCUCCAAAAAGCCAUCCAAAGAUACAUACGAGACGGCUAACGAAGCUGCACCGCAAGCGUCAACUUCAGUCAUGUCCCUGGUCUAUGAAGAGGCCCAAAGUGUCCUAAGAACCCACGAAGAUGAUGCAGCCAAACUCAACGAAGUACAGAACGAAACGAGACGACGUGCUCAGGCCAUCGUUCAAAGAAAACUGGCAGCGAAAAGGCGUAUAAAACAGGCGAGGCAUGGCGGAGAAAGGCUGGCGAGCAUCGCGGAGAGUGCUGAGGUACUGCUGGAGCAACACGCAGACGACGAGGAACGGUUGGAGCGUCAGUAUCAAAACAACAGACGCCAGUUCGAAAAUAAACUUCAACAGAAGUUGACAGCACGCCGCAAACAGAAGGACAAAGAAAAGAAGUAA